AUCUAAGCAAGUAAAGCUACAAUGUUUUUAGGAAAGGACAUUGUUGCUGUAGACAGCCCCGUUGGACGUUUGGGCCUAACAGUUUGCUAUGAUUUGAGAUUCCCAGAGCUUUACCAGCAGCUUAGAUUCCAACAUGAUGCGCAGGUCCUAUUGGUUCCCUCAGCUUUCACUAAAGUGACUGGUCAGGCACACUGGGAGAUUCUUCUUCGUGCUCGUGCAAUUGAGACUCAAUGUUAUGUUGUAGCUGCUACACAAGCUGGAAUGAACAAUGAUAAAAGAGAAAGCUAUGGUGACUCAAUAAUAAUUGAUCCAUGGGGAACUGUAGUUGGUCGACUGCCUGAUCGAUUGUCAACAGGAAUUGCUGUAGCGGAAAUUGAUUUCUCACUAAUUGAUUCAGUAAGAGCGAAGAUGCCAAUUGCCAUGCAACGGAAGCCAAUUGACUUCUGGAAAUCAGCAUCCCUAUAAAUUGUGGACCUGGCAUAUAAAUCAUGCAUCUGCUGCCAUCUAGGUGAUAUGCUAGAGCCAUUUCAAGCCUUUGUGAACUUUUAUGUAAGAAGAAAGAGCAACUUGCUUGGUUUAUGGGAGAUAAUGUUACUUGGCGAUCUGAAUUGGCAUAAUUAACUUAUGAAUUCCUUUGUCAGCGACUCAGCGAUCUAUUAAAUAUGUAUUCUCUCAACAAAUGCAUUUGUCUAUACAUGAAUUUCUGGAUUAUUACGUUUCACGUUGGGACUUGAUUUCCUUCAUCGUCAAGCAGUCAAUAAGUGCGCUUCUUUUGCAUGUUUA